UUGUUUUAGGGCCGGAGGGUCCCUUGAAAGAUCUAUUUCUUUGUUGCAUAAUGUGUUGUAUCGACAAAUCUCGUGUACGUAACGCGUGUCCAUUUUGUAUUUUUAAAUUCAAGCGUCAGUCAUUGAUAGUUUUUGCAUUUUGCCACCAGUCGAUGAAAAUCCUAAACUAGAAGACGCUACUAGUGUUAUUUUAAAGCUGGGAAUUUCAUCUCAACUCAAAGUCCACACUAGGAUAUUUUAGCCGUUAUCAUUUUAAAAUCUCGAAAAGAGGAAGGAAAACGAAGAACUUCAAUAAACUGUGGUCAGGAUGGGUAGUUCUAUGUCUUUGUGGAAAGAAGAGCUUGUUAACGCUUGUGAUUACAUAAUGGUUGAAAAAAUAGUGAGAAUGCCUCAGCUUCUUCAAGAUGAACGCUACAUUCAGUGGUGUCUCUAUGAAAGAUGGUGUAGAAAACGCAAGAGUAUCUCGAAGUAUGUACACCUGCAAUGCCCACUGGCCAGCGUACAACAAUUCACAAAACCUGGACAAGAUACAUAUGUGAGCCCUCGAGCAAUUGACUUCGUUAUCUUCAAUUCAAGUAAAGAUGACCCAUGCAAUACAAAUGCCAUUCCAUUAGUAUGCGUGGAAGUCAGUCUUGCGAAGUCGAAAAGAGAAAGUGAUGCUCAGUUUCGUGAGAGAUGUCUGAAAGAUAUUUUCCGAUUGGCUUAUUUACGUCAUCAUUUUAAAACUGGAAAAGCCUACUUCGUCAUGUUUGGAACGGAGAAGCAGCUUUUGCAAGUCAACGAAGCGGUGAAGAUGUUGAAAAGAAAAGAGUGUAAAAUAAAGUGGAAGGAUUUAGAAGAACUUGGUGCAGAAAAGGACUUGAAGAAAAAUCUUGAUUGCACGUGUCCGUCAUGUGAUCGCGUAAAUAUGUCGUGCUUGAAGAGCGUGGUGCCAAAACUUGAAGUCAUCUACGAGAAGGUGGUGAUGCAUAAAGCAUAUUGGUGUAAGAUAUGGGAAAUAGAUGCUCCACCAAAAAGAUAAAUGAACUAUAAAACUUUGAAGACUCUUUAGAGCGUUUUUUUGAUUUUAGACUUUUUGCAUCAUACCAUAAGCAUUAUGAAUAAAUAGAUUCAGCAAUUUAUUAAUUGCUUAACAACGAAUGCUUUGAGCCAGGGAUUAUUGAGAAAAACUGUUGGUUUUGGUCUUUAAACUGACUUUUACACAUCCUUACCAUUUCUUGAGGUAAAGUUGACUACAGCUAGAAAAAUGUCGAAAAGUCUGUCUCAAACAACAACAUUAAAAGUCUUUCUCGGGUAUGCACAAACCUGAACGAUCUACAUGUACAAACAUGUUAAAUUGCUUAUUCAAAUACGUUGAAAAUAGCUUAAUUCCUGGAUAUGUCACCACCUUCCAACUAUCUAUUACGUAACGUAUCCGAAAAUGGGACCUUUGCCAUUUCACGCAUGCGUACAAAUACAUCUAUUUUCUUUAAUUUAAUUUAAUGUCCAACAUCCGGCGAAUAAAUAGAGAGAUAAAGAACUCAAUUUAGUACUUGAAACCAAUUAGCGCUUAAUCGUUAUUUCACUUGCAUUUCAAAGUGCAGAGUAUGGCCUGACUUUCCGGCCUUGUCAUUCUAUUGUCUUUUUCUUGAACGAAAAGGACCAUUAAAAUGAGCACCCAAAUCUUGUACACAAAGGGCGCUCGAGUCUGGCUACCGGAUGACACAGAUAUAUGGAUUCCUGGUGACAUUUGUCAUGAUUUGAAAAAUAAUAUACUCAGCAUCGAAACUGCUACUGGAGAGGUUGUAACUUAUGAUGUUGAGAAGAAUGGUUUUCCUCCUUUGCGUAACCCGGAAGUGUUGGUUGGAGAAAAUGAUCUUACAACAUUAAGUUAUCUCCAUGAACCCGCAGUUUUGCAUAAUUUAAAAAUGCGAUUUCAAGAAUAUAAUACAAUAUACACAUAUUGUGGUAUUGUUUUGGUGGCAAUCAAUCCUUAUAUGGAAAUACCUCUGUAUGGUUUUGACAUCAUUUCUGCAUACAAUGGUGCUUCAAUGGACAAAAUGGAUCCGCAUAUCUUUGCUGUGGCUGAAGAUGCUUUCAAAACAAUGAACAGGGAAGAUCAAAACCAAUCAAUUAUUGUGAGUGGGGAAAGCGGAGCAGGGAAAACGGUUUCAGCAAAGUAUGCUAUGAGAUAUUUUGCAGCUGUUGGAGGCUCUGAAUCCGAGACUCAUGUUGAAAAGAAAGUGCUUGCUUCAAAUCCUGUCAUGGAGUCAUUUGGCAAUGCAAAAACAAUACGCAAUGACAACAGCAGCCGAUUUGGAAAAUACCUCGAGAUCAAUUUUAAUCGCGCUCAUCAUAUCAUCGGUUCGCACAUGCGCACUUACCUCUUGGAGAAGUCACGUGUUGUGUUCCAAGCCCCCAACGAACGCAACUAUCACGUCUUUUAUCAACUCUGUGCUCACGCUGAUGAGAAGAGAUUCAAGAAUCUGAGACUUGGUCGUCCAGAUGAGUUCUUGUACCUGAACCAGGGCGAGAACGUCUACAUAAACGGUGUCGAUGAUGCUGAGCUGUUUGAUGAAACAUGUGAGGCGUUCGACAUGCUUGGUGUUCAUCAAGAUCUACAGAUGAAGAUAUUUCAAAUUCUUGCGAGCAUCCUACAUCUGGGAAAUGUUAAAAUUAAACUCCUCUCUCUCUCUCUCUCUCCUCUCCAGAAUGAUGACUUCCACGUGACCGUUGCUGCCUUUUUACUCGGCAUCGAUAAAUCUCAGUUUCAAAAAUGGCUUUGUUUUCGCAAGAUUGUCGCUCACAGAGAAAUCGUCAUUACAAACCUUAACCUAGAACAAGCAACUGUUGCUAAAGAAUCCUUAUCAAAGCAUAUCUACGCACGAGUUUUUAGUUUCAUCGUUUCUAGCAUCAACAAAGCGCUUAUGCCUUUAGAUCAAAAGCACAUUCACUCUUUUAUCGGAGUUCUUGAUAUUUACGGCUUUGAAACCUUCGAGUUUAACAGUUUUGAACAGUUUUGUAUCAACUACGCGAACGAGAAGCUUCAACAGCAAUUUACGAUGCAUGUAUUCAAGUUGGAGCAAGAAGAGUACGUGAGAGAAGCAAUUGAUUGGUCUUUCAUCAACUUUUACGAUAAUCAACCGUGUAUUGACUUGAUUGAAGGUAAACUGGGGAUAUUAGCUUUACUCGACGAGGAGUGCAAGUUGACCAAAGGAUCCGAUGAAAACUGGAUUCGUAAAUUAUACCAUGAACAUAUCAAUAAGAAGCCAAAUGCUCAUUUCAAAAAACCUCGAAUGUCCGAAGUGUCGUUUCUUAUCGUUCAUUUUGCCGACACUGUCCCUUACGAAAGCGAUGGCUUCCUCGAAAAGAACAGAGACAGUGUGAACGAGGAGCAUCUUUUACUUCUUAAAGCAAGCGAGGACAAUUUUGUGGGUGAAUUAUUCAGUGAGCAAAGGUCAGCGGUGCCUGCUCAACGUAAGCGUGCGCAUACAAAAGCACCAGUAAUCGCAUCAUCUGCUAAAAAAACUGUCGGCUCACAGUUCAGAGAUUCUUUAAAGAAAUUGAUGGAAACCCUCAAUUCAACUACUCCCCAUUACGUGCGGUGUAUAAAACCGAAUGACGAAAAGAAAGCGUUCACAUUUGAUUCAAAACGAGCAAUGCAGCAAUUACGAGCCUGCGGUGUUCUGGAAACGAUCAAAAUCAGUGCAGCGGGUUACCCAUCAAGAUGGUCCUACUUGGAUUUCUUUUAUCGUUAUCGUAUGUUGAUAAAGUGGAAUAUGAUAGAAAAAAACGACCUCAAAUGCUGUUGUGAAAAUAUUUUAAACACCUUGUUGAACGAUCCUGACAAGUAUCAAUUUGGUAAAACUAAAAUAUUCUUCAGAGCUGGACAGGUCGCAUUCUUGGAGAAGCUCCGUAGCGACAAGAUAUUCAAGAGUUGCGUCAUUAUACAAAAAAUGAUUCGUUGUUGGAUUGUUCGUAAAUGGUUUGUGAAAUUAAGAAAGUCGACCAUCGUCCUUCAAUCCUUGACGCGAGGACAUCAAGCGCGCAGAUUUGUGAAACACUUACGUCAAACUAAAGCAGCAAUCACCAUUCAGACCACAUGGCGAUAUCACAAAGCUCGAAGUCGAUAUUUACGCAUGCGCUAUGCUACGCUUAUCAUUCAGUCCCACUACCGAGGCGGACGGGCGCGUUUAUUGAAGAAACGAUUGCUCUACGAAGUGAAGGCGAUUGUGAUUCAACGAGCGAUUCGUACUUUCCUCGGUCGUAGAUCGUUCCUUUCCGUACGUAGAAAGAUAGUUUUGAUCCAAUGCUGUGUGAGACGACUAAUUGCACAACGAGCGUUGAAAAAACUUAAGAUCGAGGCUCGUUCCAUUGAGCAUUACAAAAAUCUCAACCGUGGCAUGGAAAACAAAAUUAUCACACUUCAACAGAAACUAUUAAGUACAACUCGACAAAAGGAAGAGUUAAAUGGGAAACUACAAGAGCUGGAUGAUCUUAGAAUAGAACUAAAUGCUGCUAAGAUUUGGAAAAGUGACUACCAGACAGCCAGUGCAACUAUAGUUGAAUACGAGAAAAUUAUUAAGCAAUUGCGACAAGAGCUUGCUGUUGUGAAGUCGGAGAAAGAUGAAAUGUUGAAGAAGGCGAGUAAUGAAAGAAAUUCUAUUGAAAAGGAAUGCGAAAGAUUGCGAGAAGAAAAUACCAAAUUAAGUGAAGAUUUAAAACUGUGGAAGGAAAACGAAGAAAAACUAAACAAAGAAAAACAAGAUCAGCUUCUGGGACAGUUUGAGAUCGAGAGAGGUCAGUUGUUGGCAGAUAUUGACGCCGAAAGACUGCACCAUCAGCGCAUUCUCAAGAAUUACGAUAGAUUACAGCAGAGAUUUGAGAAUCUGCAGGACGAGGUAGAAAUUCUUCAAAGUCCUUCAGAAAGUCCAAUGAAAGACGAACUCACAGAAACAGCAGAAAAGGCUCCUGUGGCUGUACGAACUAAAGAAGAGGAUGCCCUUAUUGCUGAGCUAAAAGAUCGCAUAAAGAAAUUGGAGUCGAGUAGACAAACAGCAAAUCAAACUCCGACCAAAGAGAUGCCGUCUGUUGAUAAAAAUGAAUCACAUAACAGUGAAGAUGAUGCAUCAAAGAAAAUCAUCCGCGCUGUUGAUUUUCAAUCUUUAACAAAAGAAAACAAAAAACUGAACAAGGAACUGAGUAUCUUUCGUGAUAUUGUGAAAAAAAGGGACUCUUUGUCGGAGAAUGCCGUGAGUGAGUCGAUUAUAGCGAUUAAGGAGGAAAAUAUCAAAAAAAUCACUAAAGAAAGAGACUCGUACAAGCAGGAAUAUCAAAAGUUUCGCGCCGAACUCAUUCGUUUCGCGUCCGUUUCCAAAGACCUGUCGGAUGUGGAAGUGAAAAUGAACAACAAUCCCGACUUAAAUGCUUACAUUUUGCAAGCGAGUGCGUUGAAGCAGGCAAACGAAGUUCUACAAAGAGAGUUACAAGAUUUACUUGUGAAAGAAACUGACCUUCAAAACGCCAAUGAUAAUCUAUGGCACGAAUUAGCCAAGUUGAAUGUUGAAAAGGUUAAAAAAGGAGAAAAUCAUUGCUUUGCCAUGGACGUACAAUAUGAAAUAUCACGAUUAGUUGAGGAAAAUUUGGAUUUAAAAGAACAAAUUGAAAAGCUGGAGGGACGAUUGAAGAACCAACAGCAAAACACGUUAGGAAAGAAUGGUCCGGACCAUUUUCGGUUACGCGCGACGUCAUGGAAUAAAGCCGAAACAGAAAUAAAAAGACGAACUGGAUCUUUAUACAGAGGAUCAGGAGAUCCACUCGCCGGAAAGUUGGUGAUGAAUUUUGCUGGACUUUUGAGAAAAAAUCCCAAGGAUUUGGCGACAAGACGUUCUUACGACAGUGGCAAAAACCUAGGAAUGAUCGAGUUUGAAAUAUCAGAUGUGGAUCUCAUUAUCAAACAGCUUAUUUACGACAUGUCACCUGACCAGGUUUCCGAUCAGAUCCCUGGACUUGCAGCCCACCUCAUUUUCAUGUGCGUGCGUUAUUGUGAUCACGUGAACGAUGACGAAAAACUACAGACUUUGCUUACGUCAGCCAUCAGCGCUAUAGGAAACAUCACCAAGAAGUCUUCAAAUGAUUUCGACCUUCUUGUAUUUUGGCUCUCGAAUACUUGUCGUCUUCUUCAUGAUCUGAAGCAAUACAGUGGUGAUAAGGGUUUUCAAAUGCACAAUACACCGGAGCAGAACGAACACUGUUUGAAAAAUUUUGAUCUCACCGAUUACCGUCAACUACUCGACGAUCUUGCUGUUCAUAUAUACAACUAUAUUUUAACAGCCGUCUAUGAAUCAGUACUAGGAUACAUUGUUCCAGGUCUCCUGGAGUAUGAGUCAAUACCAGCAGUUUCCAGCUCCAAACCAUUUGGAAGAACAAACAUCAGGCAACGAGCACAAAAUGGUAACGAAGAAAUCACUGUUAAAACUAUCACGAAACAUCUCUCGUACGUAUUAGCAAUAUUAAACACUCACUGCGUUGAUCCCGUUAUCAUAAAGCAAAUAUUUAGACAGAUUUUCCAUUUUAUUGGUGCAUCAAUGUUAAACAACGUUUUACUUCGUAAGGAUAUGUGUCAUUGGUCUCGUGGCUUGCAAAUAAGGUUCAAUCUGAGCGUGCUGGAGGACUGGGUUCGAAUUAAUCAAUUAGACAGCGGUAAUAUAUUGGACGGUCUUACGUGUAUCAUUCAAGCGACUCAGUUACUUCAAGUAAGCAAGAGCAGCAUAAAGGAUGUUGAUGCUAUUUGCGAAGUUUGUAAUUCAUUGAACACUAUUCAGGUGCAGAAAAUUCUUACUAUGUACACUCCUUCGGGUGACCACGAAGCUAGGGUGCCUCCCGCAGUAAUACGUGCCGUCGUACAGCGGGCUCAUAACGAAACUGAUCCCAUGUAUCUCAUGGCCGACGCGAACAAAACGUACUCUGUGAAAUUUGCAUUUACUGCGUCAGCGGUUUGCCUUGAAAAUGUAACUAUUCCUGAUUCAAUAAACAGCAAUUGCAUGAAGAUUAUUUAGAAUUGAGGAAUGUUGUGGGACUCUUUUGAAAUCCACUUUUCUAAAUGAAUUUAUAUACGUGACUUCGAUAGUUGUACAACGUGACAGUUGUACGGUCGUUCAAUGUAACAUUGCCGUACAUGCAUCAUUGUACGAAUAUUGCAUGUAAAAAUUUCUCAUUCGUCAAGCAAAACUCGCGGUGUGGCUGUAAAACAGUAACACCAAAAUUAUUUAUAUGCCAAAUUUUUUCAAUUUAAUUCGAUAAUAUACAUUUAAUAUAAUAUUUCUUCGUCAAUUUUGCGGAAUGUUCAUUUACUUAAAAUACUGUUUUAAGUAUGAGCAUUGUGACGAAUUUUUACAUUACUCACGGUAAUACGCUUGCCCCAAUAAUAUUAGUACACACCAUUCGACAAUUUUGCCCACUCUCAUGAAGUGAGAGGUUUCUAUGCCAAUACCAACACAAUACCAAUGACAGAUAUAUGAUAACACCAAAUACGCAGAGAUAAAUCUUGAUUGUAGAUAGUUUGAGAUUGAGCUUUUUGUUGAGAUUGAACACUUGAUGGUAGAUAGUUUGAGAUUGAGGUUUUUGUCAUCUUACGAUUCAAAAAAAUUUUGAUUAUAAUUAUCCGAUAGCCGACAGUAUUGAUAUAUUAUUGGGAUGUAUUUACUUACAUCAUUUCUGAAUGAAGUUCAUCAUUAUGUAAAAAGCAUAUAUAAAAGAAUUCUUCUAAGCCCAAUAAAAAAACGAUGGUUCGUUCUUUGUCUGUCAA